AUGAGCUCUUACUUCGGCGCUGGACAUGACUGGCAAUCAACAGAACUGCCGAUCAAUCACUUCACUGCCGGCAAAGUGUGUUCUAAUGCCUACAACACGUCCAUCACUGACUCCCGGCCGAUCGCCAAUGGCUACCAGUCAUACCACUCGCCCCACCAAACGGCUUAUGUCAUGACAUCGACGCCAUCGAUGCCCCGAUAUGUGUCGGGAGGUUCAGACCAUCCGCACGCCAUCGCACACAACCGUUUCAUCGAGAAUUCGGUCGCAUUUCCGCAUCACUCACAGCAUCACAACCACAGCCAUCACAUCAGUCCUCACCACUCACUCCAACACCACAGUCAUCCACAUCACAGUCACGCACAUCAUCCGCAUCCAGACCACGUCUUCACCGGUGGGGCACUACUCAGUGGGUCCGCCACCGCCACCACAGCACCACUCCAGGCAUCGGUUCCGUACCACACACUCAGUCAACAUCCGAGCCCUACGAGCAUUCACUCACUGCCCAUUCACGGCCAUAGCGUCACCCAAUUGUUACAAUCGGAUCCGCUUCUGCAGGACAGCGCCGGCGGCAACAAUCGUGUGGUAACGCCGGACCAGUCGUGCGGUACCCCCCAUAACACGGGUCCGCCAUCGCAUCCGUCGCACCAACAACUCUAUCCCUCCAACCAAAGUCCUGCCUCAUGUAAACUAAGUGUCAAUCAAUUUGAGAGCAAUUCAAUGGCAACGGCGACCACUCGCUCCACCUCUACGACCGACGAGUCGCCGGCGUUUGACUCUCCGCCGCCGUCCACACCAGAAAUGGCUCAACAAAUGAAUUGCCAAUUGAAUCCUCAACUCCAGACGCCCGGCAAUAAACACUUCUUUCCGUGGAUGAAGUCAUAUCAGGACUCAGGACAGGGACCGAAGAGAACCCGACAAACAUAUACUCGUUUCCAGACACUGGAGUUGGAGAAGGAAUUCCACUUCAAUCGAUACCUCACCAGAAGAAGACGUAUAGAAAUUGCACACUCUUUAGGACUCACUGAAAGACAAAUCAAGAUUUGGUUCCAAAACAGACGAAUGAAGGCUAAGAAGGAAAACAAGAUAAAAGCGGACCCGAACUCGGCUGACGGCAAACUCGUCGAUGAUAACGACGACUCAAAUAUUAUUAUUUAG